AUUAACAGUAGUAUAUAUAUUUUUAUAGUAGUAUAUAGUAGUUAUAUAUAUUUUUAACUAUAUUUUUAAAAUAUGUAUGGAAGAAAAGGCUUUAAGCUUAUUUCAGAACUAGAUUUAUAUUCUGAUAUAUUACCAUUCAAUGAGGUACUUGUUAAAGAAGUUUUACAGGAGAUGCAAUGUCUCUAUGAUGCAAAUGUAGCAGAUAGCAAUGCCAUUAGGAAUGAUGAUAAUAUGGCAUUAUUGCCAUCAGUACAGUUGAGACAUACAGCAUUAAAAAGAAAUAAAAGAUGUGUCUUAGCAUACAUAUAUAACAGAAUGAGAAAACUAAGAGAAUUACGAUGGGAAUUAGGGAGCAUUCUACCACCAGAAAUAAAUUCCAAUUUAUUAAAUGCUGAAAUUCAAUGGUUUCAGUCAUAUAAUAAGUCUUUAGCUAAAUACAUGAGAUCUUUAGGAGAAGACCAUGGGUUUAAUCUAACAACAAAUAUGGUACCUCCAAAAACUCCUUAUGUAGAGGUCAAAUGUGUAGAGGAUUUUGGAAGAUUGGAAUUAGAUGAUGGCCAAGUUAUUUUGCUAAAAAAAAAUACAUAUCAUUUGCUACCAAGAUCUGUUUGUGAACCAUUGAUACGACAAGGAAUUCUUGAACAUAAGAGUACAUGAUAUUAUUAUUUUUAUAUUCUGUUAAAAUAAAAAUUAUAUUCAUAAAAAAAAAUACUUUGUUUAUCAGACCCAAAUUUUAUUGAAAUAUAUAUAUUUAUGAAGUA